AUGGAAACUCCCAAUAAUAGUACCAACAGCAAGGGUGUGAAGGUAGAUUCAUAUGAUUGGGAAUCCAAUUCCGACUCUUGUUCUAGUUCGGAAGAUUCGCAGAGUAAUAUAUUUGUUUCUGAAGAUGAAGAUAAUGAUGUGGAUGGGGAAAAGGAAGGGGAAGGGUCAGUUUCCAGUGUAGAUGAUAGUUUUCGCUUGCUCACUGAUACAGAGAUUAUGGAAAUGAAAUUUGUUUCUGAAGAUGAAGCUGGUCAAUUCUACAAUGCAUAUGCCAAUGCAAUUGGUUUUAGCGUAUGCAAAUAUAAAAGUAGACCACAAAAAGGCAAUGAAAUCCAGCGGAAUGUAGGCAUGAAGCCAGCGCAAAUUAUGGACUAUAUGACAUGUCAGUCUGGGGGUUUCCAUAAUGUGGGGUUCACUGUAAAAGAUUUGCGUAACAAAUUGCAUAGCAUUCGUAAAGAAGAAAUAAAAAAUGGGGAUGCUGAGGGUGCAUUGGGAUACUUGUCUGCUCAAGUAAGUAAUGAUCCGUUAUUUUUCUUCAAGUACACUGUUGACGAGGAUGAUCGGUUGGAGACACUUUUCUGGACAGAUGGGAGGUCUAAGAUGGAUUAUGCUGCAUUCGGAGAUGUGUUAGUUUUCGACACGACCUAUCGAACCAAUGCUUACAAGAAGCCAUUUGUCAUAUUGGCAGGUGUGAGUAAUAACUUUACAACGACCAUAUUUGGUUGUGCGUUGUUGUCGAAGGAGACGGAGGAUACGUACAAUUGGGUUCUUUCAACGUUUUUAGAGGCUAUGGAUGGUAAACGGCCCAUCUCGAUGGUCACAGAUGGUGAUUUGGCGAUGCGCAAUGCAAUUAGAAACAUUUUUCCUGAUGUAAGGCAUCGCCUAUGUUCGUGGCAUCUGGAGCGAAAUGCCGCUAAAAAUGUUCACAUACCGGAAUUCGUAUCUGACUUUACCAUUUUGAUGCAAAUGGAAUGUGAUGUUGAAGAAUUUGAAACUCUUUGGGCUGAUAUGGUAUCACACUACGGCCUAGAGACAAACGCUUGGGUGGUAGAGAUGUAUAACAACCGCGAAAGAUGGGCCGAGGCAUAUCUUCUCGGCCAUUUCUUUGCAGGGAUGAGGAGCACUCAGCGCUGUGAAGGUAUGAACCGUUAUUUAAAUCGGUUCUUAACAGUAAGGCUACGGCUUUUUGAAUUUGCCCAACAGUACCACCGUGGUCUAGCUAGGAUGCGAGUUGCCGAUGCAGAGGCUGAGACGGCAACGGAGCAUAGUACCCCUGUUUUGAUCACGCAAUUGAAAAGCUUGGAGAAGAAUGGAACCGAGGUGUACACACAAUACAUAUUCAGAUUCUUUCAGGAUGAAAUACAGCGUGCAUUUGCAUUGAUUGUGGCGCGUCGUGUUGAUGAGAUGGAGCGUCGGUUGUACUUCAUUGAGAUGUACUCGCAUCCAAAAUCCAAUUGGACGGUCGAGUAUUAUCCAAUUGAUAGCAGAAUCAAUUGUAGUUGUUUGAUGUUUGAGUCUUUUGGUCUACCUUGUUGCCAUAUGAUUGUGGUCAUGAAAUAUGAACAUCUACCGACCAUUCUCCUUAGUUUAGUCAUGCGAAGAUGGACAAGGUGUGGUCGACCUCUGACCCAACAACCAAAUGUUUGCCAAAUUUCUCGCAGUAUAUCCCACAUGGCUAGGUAUGGGAUAUUGAGUUCGGGUUACAAAUUGAUGUCAUUCUAUGCAUCGCAUGCCCAGGACUCAUUUGAAGAUGCUAGGCAAGUGGUACACGAAAUGACAUCCUGGAUCAGGAAGCGUUGGGAGAUGGGAAAGAAUAAGGAGUGCAACACAGAGAUUGGUAAAUCAAGUGAUGGCCAAAUUUUGUUUGGUGUGGGCGAUCCACCUGUGGUCAAGACCAAAGGCAACCCUGGGAAGAAGUCCAGUGCCCAACAUUCUCGGAAUCCUAGGAAAUGUAGCCACUGCAAGUGCCGAGGUCACGAUAAGCGGACAUGUCCAAAGUUGUCAUCAAAGCAUCCAAUUGACGACCUUCCUAUUUAG